CUCUUUCAAUAAAACGCGAUUACCACUACUGAUCUUAGCCACUGACUGGGGAUCUACAACACGGAGUGAGGAGGCAGUCCAGAGCACAUCCAGGGCAACGUUAGGACUGUAACUGUAUGUGUGUUGAGUACUGAACUGGUGCGAUUGCUGCAGACUCUUUCAUAUCUACUCUAUGGGAAUUAAGAAGACAUCGAAGUGACUUUUCUCGAGGGCGGGAAUAACCCAGUUGUUGCAAUUCAGUAUUUAAUUCGGCAGACGUUGUUUAAGUACAGUAGAGAGGGGGAUUUUUGUGUUCUGAAUAGCCUGCUGCCUAAGUGCCGGAGAGUUUUUUCCCCCCUUUUCUUUGGCAGUUUACUUAAUACCAAUGCAUAAGCUCGUAGAUAAUUAGACACGUUAUUUGGUUUCUUGUAUACGGGACGUUGAAAUUGUUAUAGAGGCGGAGGUGGUUGAAUAAACAAAGUAAAACUGUCUUCAGAAGGCGACCAUCCACCAUGGAGAACGCUUACGAAAAGACAGUCGAGGAGGUUUAUAGCCAUUUCAGCGUUAAUGAGAGCACGGGUUUGGCCCUGGACCAGGUGAAAAGGCAAAAGGAAAAAUGGGGACCGAACGAGUUGCCCGCAGAAGAAGGGAAAUCGUUAUGGGAACUCGUUAUUGAACAGUUUGAAGAUUUACUAGUGCGAAUUCUACUUCUGGCAGCUUGUAUAUCUUUUGUACUGGCCUGGUUCGAGGAGGGAGAAGAAACUAUCACAGCCUUCGUGGAGCCUUUUGUAAUCUUACUUAUUCUUAUAGCCAACGCCAUCGUAGGAGUGUGGCAGGAACGAAAUGCUGAAAAUGCCAUCGAAGCCCUCAAAGAGUACGAGCCUGAGAUGGGGAAGGUCUACCGUCAGGACAGGAAGAGCGUCCAGAGGAUUAAAGCCAAGGAAAUCGUCCCCGGCGAUAUCGUGGAAGUGGCCGUGGGAGACAAGGUGCCUGCUGACAUUCGCCUCUCUUCAAUCAAGUCCACCACCCUGCGAGUAGACCAGUCCAUCCUGACCGGAGAGUCUGUAUCUGUCAUCAAGCACACCGACCCAGUACCUGACCCCCGUGCCGUUAACCAGGACAAGAAGAACAUGCUCUUCUCCGGCACCAACAUCGCCGCCGGGAAGGCGGUGGGCGUGGUGGUGGCCACGGGCGUGAACACGGAGAUCGGCAAGAUCCGCGACGAGAUGGCGGGCACGGAGCAGGAGAAGACGCCGCUGCAGCAGAAGCUGGACGAGUUCGGCGAGCAGCUGUCCAAGGUGAUCUCGCUCAUCUGCAUCGCCGUGUGGAUCAUCAACAUCGGCCACUUCAACGACCCCGUCCACGGCGGCUCCUGGAUCCGCGGCGCCGUCUACUACUUCAAGAUCGCCGUGGCGCUGGCCGUGGCCGCCAUCCCCGAGGGGCUGCCCGCCGUCAUCACCACCUGCCUGGCGCUGGGCACGCGGCGCAUGGCCAAGAAGAACGCCAUCGUCCGCAGCCUGCCCUCCGUGGAGACGCUGGGCUGCACCUCCGUCAUCUGCUCCGACAAGACCGGCACGCUCACCACCAACCAGAUGUCCGUCUGCCGGAUGUUCAUCGUUGACAAGGUUGAAGGAGAGAGCUGCUCCCUGAACGAGUUCACCAUCUCUGGUUCCACCUACGCCCCUGAAGGAGAAGUAUUUCAUGAUGGAAAGCAAGUUAAGACCUCCCAGUACGACGCCCUGGUGGAGAUUGCCACCAUCUGUGCCCUGUGCAAUGACUCCUCUCUGGACUUCAACGAGACCAAGGGGGUGUACGAGAAAGUCGGCGAAGCCACCGAAACUGCCCUGACCUGCCUGGUGGAGAAGAUGAACGUGUUCGACACUGACGUCAAGAACUUGUCCAAGAUUGAGAGGGCAAACGCCUGCAACGCGGUGAUCAAGCAACUGAUGAAGAAGGAGUUCACCCUGGAGUUCUCUAGAGACAGGAAGUCCAUGUCUGUGUACUGCACCCCCAACAAGGCCCGCACCUCCAUGGGAAAGAUGUUCGUCAAGGGUGCCCCCGAAGGCGUGAUUGACAGGUGCACACACAUCCGAGUGGGCAGCACCAAGGUGCCCAUGAACGCUGGCAUCAAGGAGAAGAUCAUGUCGGUGAUCCGGGAGUACGGCACGGGCCGCGACACUCUGCGCUGCCUGGCCCUGGCCACGCGCGACAACCCCCUCAAGAAGGAGGACAUGGUCCUGGUGGACAGUGCCCGCUUCAUCGAGUAUGAGACGGACCUGACAUUCGUGGGCUGCGUGGGGAUGCUGGACCCCCCCAGGACCGAGGUGGCGGCCUCCAUCAAGCUGUGCCGCCUGGCGGGCAUCCGCGUCAUCAUGAUCACCGGGGACAACAAGGGCACCGCCGUGGCCAUCUGCCGCCGCAUCGGCAUCUUCUCCGAGGACGACGACGUCGACGACAUGGCCUUCACCGGCCGCGAGUUCGACGACCUCACGCCCCACAACCAGCGCGAGGCGGUCAUGAAGGCCCGCUGCUUCGCCCGGGUGGAGCCCUCCCACAAGUCCAAGAUUGUGGAGUUCCUGCAGUCCUUCGAUGAGAUCACCGCCAUGACCGGGGACGGAGUGAACGACGCGCCCGCCCUGAAGAAGGCGGAGAUCGGCAUCGCCAUGGGAUCCGGCACCGCCGUGGCAAAGACGGCCUCCGAGAUGGUCCUCGCCGACGACAACUUCUCCUCCAUCGUGGCGGCCGUGGAGGAGGGCAGGGCCAUCUACAACAACAUGAAGCAGUUCAUCCGCUACCUCAUCUCCUCCAAUGUGGGCGAGGUCGUGUGCAUCUUCCUGACGGCGGCCCUGGGUUUCCCCGAGGCGCUGAUCCCCGUCCAGCUGCUGUGGGUCAACCUGGUGACGGACGGGCUGCCGGCCACCGCCCUGGGCUUCAACCCCCCCGACCUGGACAUCAUGAACAAGCCCCCCCGCAACGCGCGCGAGCCCCUCAUCUCCGGCUGGCUCUUCUUCAGAUACCUGGCCAUCGGCUGCUAUGUGGGAGCUGCAACUGUGGGAGCUGCUGCCUGGUGGUUCAUCGCUGCCGACGACGGACCCAGAGUCACCCUGUACCAGCUGAGCCACUUCCUGCAGUGUUCCCCUGAUAAUCCCGAUUUUGGAGACCUGGAGUGCCAUGUGUUUGAGUCGCCCUACCCCAUGACCAUGGCCCUGUCUGUACUGGUCACCAUUGAGAUGUGCAACGCCCUCAACAGCCUCUCGGAGAACCAGUCCCUGGUCCGCAUGCCCCCCUGGGAGAACAUCUGGCUGCUGGGAGCCAUCUGCCUGUCCAUGUCCCUGCACUUCCUCAUCCUGUACGUGGAGCCGCUGCCGAUCAUCUUCCAGAUCACCCCCCUGAACGUGACGCAGUGGCUGAUGGUGCUGAAGAUCUCGCUGCCCGUCAUCCUCCUGGACGAGCUGCUCAAGUUCACCGCCCGCAACUACCUGGAGCCCGGUAAAGAGCUGGAGAAGUCCAGCGCCUCCGCCGCCCCCGGGGCCUGCUCCCUCUCCGCAUGCACGGAGGGCAUCUCCUGGCCCUUCGUGGCCGUCUCCUUCCCCCUGGUGCUGUGGCUGUACAGCACUGACACUAACGUGGCCGAGAUGUUCUGGUCCUGACUGACAUGAGCACGGUGUGUCACGCCCCUUAUCCCCUCCCUCACCCCUCCCCCCCCCCCUCCCGCCGCGUGUGGCCCCGCCCACGAGUGGAGAUUAACACGCAUCCCUAAUAAAGCAAGAGUCACAGAGGAAAAACGAAGCCACACAAGCUAAGUCACCAUUUUUUGUACUUGUAUUUUCAGCUGUCAUUCCGGGGAACGGGUUGGGUUGGGUGGGGUGGGGGAUGGAUUUUCCUGAAAUCGUUUGAUUAUCAUUGAUUAUCAUUAUCAUUUUUUUUUUUGGUCAUUCUUUUUUUUUGUUUUUUUGUUUUUUAAAAAUAUGUAUAUUUUUAAUGGAUUGAGAAUGUAAUUCGUCCUGAUGUCUGAUAUCUCAUUUCAAACCGAGUCCGUUAAUUCCCCCACCCACCACAUAUUACACCCCCCCCCUUUAAAUAUAUAACGAGAUAUUUAAGAACUGUCUGAUGUACAGAGAUUUAACACUAUUUUAUGCAACUGUUUUUGUAGUUUUUGGAAAUGCGUAUAGGGGUGGAGGGGGCGGGGCUUGAGGGGGUAAAGGCAUGUACAGGACUCUGUUUACUAAUGUUUUACCAUUGUGUCUUCAGUAUGAGCUGUGGCGGAUGAGCAUCAUGUGACAGGAAACACAGGCAGGGUUAAUUGAGUGAAUGAGUAUUUAUGUUGACUAAAAAAACCUAGAAGGAAAUGGCAUGUUCAGCAUGUUGCAUGUAGGUUUUCUUUUAAAAUUAUUUUCAUUCCUUCACCUCUUCCCCGUCCCCCGUCCCCUCCCUUGUCAUCUAAUGUUUUGCAUUCAUUUUUUUUAUUCCUAUUUUGUAUUCAAACAUAUUUUUUUCUGCACUAGGCAGAGCACAGCUACCUCAAAAUUAAUGUCCCUUCUCCCACGGUUGUCACCCCCCCCCCCCCUUUGCCCUAAAACUGUCCCACUAGUCUUUACAGUGCAGUUUUGUCGGUCAACUCUCGAGGUGUGCCCGCGUUAGCUUGUGCAGAAAAAAAUCAAUAAAAUGGCCUGCCUUGUCCCCUGGUUCAUUGUGCUUUCUCCAUAUUUUAAUUAUGUUUUUAGUCGUUCUUUUCAAGAUUUGCAUUAUUUUUUCAUUUUUAGGGGAGGGAGGGGUUUGUAAAAGAUGUAAAUGUUUCCAUCGCUCAGUUCAGAUGAGUGGAAAUCUAUAUCCAGCAAAACUGUUGUUGAAAUGUUGACUUGAAUACAACCGAACCAGAUCUUUUCAGAUUUUUUUUCCCCGUUUACCCUAAGAGAAAUACAUUCACUGAAUGAUAAAGCUUUUGUCUUAAUUUAGAAGCACUGUUGCGUCUUAUAUUAUUUCCAUACAGUUGAUUAUUAUGUGCACAUACUGUACUUGAAUAUGUAUAAAUAUACCAAGUGGCUGAUUACAUAAUCCGUUGAGCACAAGUAAUACUGUGGUCUGGCCCCACUGUGGUCUGAUGCCCUAUAAAGGAAUUUUGCACAAAUCGAGGGGAAACUUCCUUGGCCGUAUUGUUGGCCCCAGCUCUGACCGCGAAAGGGCUUGCUAGUAGGAAGUCUGUAAAUCUGUACAUAGCACAUCAUUCGAAUAGUACUUCAGUGUAUGAGUUUUAAAGUUAGUCCAUAGUACUAUCACGCUGUUCCGACUUUACACCGAUGUGAUUUAAGACUAACUAGCUUACCUCUGGAGAGCAUGCUUCCGGCAGUAUCGGGCCCGCAGGGCUUGUGUUCUCAUUCGAAAUAGUGUUUGUAUUUUAACAAGCCUAACUGUGCCAUUUUCCCUCCAAUGCCUUCCAACCGCUUCCCUUCCAGAGUGAGUAUCCUCAGCCUGCAUGUCCUAACUCACUGGCAUGUCCCUUUUUCACACCCCUCACAUGACCAUCCCUACAUCUGGUCCCCUCUUACACUGUAGCCAACCGUUGAGAGACUGUCUCCGUGGUGACAAGAGGGGGGAUGUCAUAAACACUAAUAUUACACCGCAUUCAGUUGCUUGCCGAUUUGAACCUUUCAAUAUAUUUGGUUUAGAUUAGAGACGUCAAACACAAGUCCUGGAGGGCCGCAGAGUGGCUUUCCUUUACUUCCCUUCUGCAGCCAGUUCCGUACUUGAGAACAGGGUGUGUGGACUCUUUAACCACACAACUUAAAUCACUGGUGCUGAAACACUGAAAAACAGGAGUCCUUGGAGCCUUAUGAGACUGGACUGUAAUGUCUGUGGUCUGGAGCCUUUUUGGCCAGUUGAAACUGAGCAGUUAAUCGGCAGCAAAAGCACCCACAAAGCUUCACUCUGCCAUCGCUAGUCUUGACUGUUUGUGCGAGCUGUGUUCUGUGCUUCAUCUUCUUGGGCAUUCACAGAGUUUAAAUGGUUUUCGGUGGGAGGGAAAAGGGAUUUUUUUUUGGUACACAGCUAUGAAAUGGGAUAUUAUGGUUCCCGCUUCGGGCACUUUAGUGUGUUCGUGUUUUUUUUCUUCUCGGUACACCACUGUUUUGCCAUGCAGACCCCUCGUCCAGGGUGACUGACAAAGGCUUGCAUUCCAAAAAUCCUCCACUUUGCUUUCUUUUGAGUUCUGGCCUCAUUGUGUUUCACUGUGUAUAUUUAAUGUUUGAAUCAGGAGAAUAGAUAAAUGUUAUUACUUCAUUUUAAGCAUGCGAGCCAGCCUACUCAGCCUCAGGAUUACACACAGGGAACAAGACGGGGGUAGGCUGGCUGGGAUAUCCACUGUGAGAAAGAGCAGACCUGUUGACUGGGACUCUGAUAGAUCCACAUCUAAAUAUAAAGAUGUUCCCGGCAGCAUUCCGUGAUUGAUGGCGGUCGUCUAUCCUUGGACGCUCAGCGCCGAGUGUCUCCCCUAAAUCACGCCUUUAAAAAGAUCGAAAGGGGGGAGGCGUCAGCUGUUGGGAUAAACUCGGGAGAAACGGGCGGCAGUCACCCAGUUUUAAGAUUCUCCGGGUGCCGCGGAGUGUUUUCGAAGGAGACAAUGCACUUGAUUUUGGAGAUAGUAAAUCUGAAUGUGCAGGGGGGGCAUUCUGAGAACUGCCAACUCUGGCCUUCACUUAGAACCAGACACCUCUCACCUGCUCACUCUGGCCUUCAUCUAGUACCAGACACCUCUCACCUGCUCACUCUGGCCUUCAUCUAGUACCAGACACCUCUCACCUGCUCACUGUGGCCUUCAUCUAGUACCAGCCACCUCACCUGCUCACUGUGGUCUUCAUCUAGCACCAGACACCUCCCACCUGCUCACUCUAAUCUUCAUCUAGCACCAGACACCUCCUACCUGCUCAGUCUGGCCUUCAUCUAGUACCAGCCACCUCUCACCUGCUCACUCUGGCCUUCAUCUAGUACCAGACACCUCUCACCUGCUCACUCUGGCCUUCAUCUAGUACCAGCCACCUCACCUGCUCACUGUGGUCUUCAUCUAGCACCAGACACCUCCCACCUGCUCAGUCUGGCCUUCAUCUAGUACCAGGCCUCUCAUAUGCGCAUAAUGUGCUUUACUUGGCCUUGCCUGCUAGCCAGUAGCAUGUCCACAGAACAAACUGGGUUUGCGGAACGUGUUCACUUUGUGAUGGACGUGAGGGAAGGGAUUGCCUUUUCUGGCUUUAGGCGAUGGUUCAAGGUAGCUCUAUCCCCAGAAGAGUCCACGGCUUAAUUAACUACCUGAUUAAUCCUGUCUAACCAGCCUGUUUACUUCAAUAUCUAAAUGUGUAGCAUGACUAACUGUACGUAUCAAUUCUAUAGGAUGUUACAUUUGGGAAAAAAAAGGAAUAAAAUCCAAGUCACUGAAUACUCUGGCAUAUUUACAUUUUUUUUUACUGUGGUGUUUUUGUGGUUUGAAUAACUAGAAAACAGGUCUACAUUGCUCAACGGGAAGUUUAAAUUAAAAAAUGUGUACAAAAGAUGUUAUUAGUCUUGUGGAUUCUGUUUUUCUGAUUUUCACAAAAUGGCAUGUAUGUUUUGGAGAUGCUGAAUUAUACAAGAAUUGAAUUAAUCCACGUCUACUGAUUGGUGCAUGUGGGCUUCACACAUCAAACCAUUUGACCAGAGAAAGGCUUGUACUGCAGUCAGAUAUGAAAACGGACCCUUUUUUGGUCAGGCUGCAAAAACACAGCCCAUGCCUCAUGACUAACAUCAGCCCUGUCCAGAGUUGAAUUUCUUUUUCACCUAUCAAUUUCAAAAGUCUGUGCUCUUGAGCUUAAGACUGGCAUUCUUCUCCUCUGAUUCAUCCUUCUCUCUCUCUCUUUUUUUCCCCUUCCUUGCAGCUAGGGCAGAGUAAGCCUGCCGCCUCCUCUAAAGUCCUUUGCAGGAACUGUGAAGUUUUGCUUUAGUGUUGUGCAUGUGUGUUUUGAGCAACACCACAUUCUCCAAGACCUGCAUGAAAAAUGUGCAAAAAUAAAAAAUGCGUAUAUAUAUAUAAUUACAAAGAUAUACUUAAAAAGUGACAGAAAAUGGUGUAUUUUUUAAAUGGAUGAUGAACAGUGUUUUAGGACUUUGAGAAAUCGAACAAGGCCAGUCGUCUGUGCACGGGACCACUCUGCCCGUGUGCAUCUUCAACGCAUGGAGACAGACCGUCGCUUAGCCUUCGACCUUACAUGAGGAUACGAGUUUUCAUGCCACCUUUUUAAAACUCUGUAAAAUGUCAGUUUUAUAUAAAUGUACAAUAUACAGUGAUGCAUGUCCAAACUGAAGGUAGCCGAAAUUAUCGUAAAUUUAUAUUAUAGCUAUGUAUAAUGCCAUUUAAUAUGUAAUUAAAUGCUAUGAAAAUAUCUACAUAGAGAAAGCGGUACUAAUGUCAAAUGAAGCUCAAAACCACCAAUUCAUCUUUUCCUAAGGAAAUCUUUUGUUGGGGGGGCGUGCAAAAUAAGCAAACAUACUUUGUUUUUGUUUUUUUGCAAAUCUAAGUUAUUUAAAUAACAUUCUGCAGUAUCUGGGCGGGUGAUGGUGCAGCAAUACUGUGAUGCAUAUACUUUGAAAGAAGCAGUCAGUCCCUUUAAACAGCAUGUUUCAACUCCGAACAACUGUAAAUAAGAGCUACUGUUUGUUUCAGCGCUGAUUGUAAUGUGCAUCACACGGGCUUGUGGUUUCAGGUAAAUAAAGAUUAUACAUGA